GCUGCCGAGGAGGCAGAAGAAGCGUUGGCUUCAUCUGGACAGCUGAGCGAGCAGGUGGUUUUGGAAUUCGAGAACAUUGACGAUAUGGAGCCGUUGCGUCUGCAGGAGAAUUGUUUUGCGGACUCCGAGCCUGAGGGCGAACUGGGUCUGACUCUGGACGCUAGUGGAAACGUUCUGGUGUUGAGCAUUAAGAGCUCACCCUCCACAUCAUCCUACGAAACGGUUGGCAACGAAUUUGCGGACAUGAAUGAAUUAAGCCAGUUGGCCGGACCCUUAAAGCCAGCUGCCCCUGUUACUCUAAAUGGAAACUUACACACAAAUGAAGAAGAGCAGCAGGCAAAAAGUGAUGGUGAAAAGGGUACAGAGGAAGAGGUAGAGGAGGAGGAAGAGGAGGAGGAAGAGGAGGAGGAAGAAGAAGAAGAAGAGCCUUGCAAGCAGCUCAGCAAAUUCCAUAGCGCCGGUGAUGUGCGCGAGUGUAUCGACGAGGAACAUCCAGCCACAGCGGUUAUCAUUACGGAAGCUGCCUCUCUGGAUGCACUACAGUGCGAGGACGAGCUCACUGAGGAGUUUACGUCACGAAAAACAAGUCUCAUGUCGCCUAUGAAUGAGGAUAUAACAGUGGUGGCCUCUCUGGAUGCCUUGCAGGAGCCGAAAUCAGCAUGCGUGUCGCCGGCGAGCUCGAAUGGCGGCGUCUACAGCGUCGAACUGUUAGAGAACUUUGGCCUCAAUCUCCACCGCAUUGAGAAGGAUGUGCAGCGCUGUGAUCGCAACUAUUGGUACUUUGGCAAUGAGAAUCUGGAUAAGCUGCGCAACGUCAUAUCGACCUAUGUGUGGGAGCAUCUGGAUGUGGGCUAUAUGCAGGGCAUGUGCGACCUCGUCGCCCCCCUGCUCGUAAUCUUCGACGAUGAGUCCUUGAGCUACAGUUGCUUCUGCAAGCUGAUGGAUCGCAUGAUUGAGAACUUUCCCAGUGGCGGCGCCAUGGACAUGCAUUUUGCCAAUAUGCGCUCCCUCAUCCAGAUCCUCGACUCUGAAAUGUACGAUCUAAUGGACUCGAACGGCGAUUACACGCACUUCUAUUUCUGCUAUCGCUGGUUCCUGCUGGACUUUAAACGGGAGCUGGUCUACGAUGAUGUCUUUGCCACCUGGGAAGUCAUUUGGGCAGCCAAGCAUGUGGCUUCUGGUCAUUUUGUACUAUUUCUAGCUCUGGCAUUACUGGAAACCUAUCGCGAUAUUAUUCUGUCCAACAGCAUGGACUUUACGGACGUCAUUAAGUUCUUCAAUGAAAUGGCGGAACGGCACAAUGCGCAGUCAAUAUUGCAGUUAUCUCGCAGCCUUGUGCUGCAGUUGCAGACAAUAAUCGAGAACAAAUAAGUUCCAGCUGGACAGCAAAUCCUUCAAGCUGCUUCUGUGCAUAGAUUGGUUGCAUACCUUAGGGCGUCGUAGUACUAAUCUGUAUCUGUAUGCGUGUGUCCAGUCUGUAGAAUUGUUAUAAGGCUCACGUAGUUGGCACGCUGUAGGCUCAAGCACUUAAGCGCUCCUCAUACGCAAUAUUUAGUGUGUCUGUGUGUAUGUGUACUUCCAUAGCGAAAUGCGAAUGCUUUGCUGUAGGCACCAAUACUUAGAUCAAGUACCCAUAGUACUCUCAUAUAUGUAUGCACCCAUAGAUCCAUAGAUCCAUAGAUGACCUAACAAAGUUAUUAAAAAUGAGCGUGUGUAGAUAAAUGGUAAUGCAAAUCCGUUUGCAUUGGUUGCAAUUGUUCUGAUGCAGUUCAUACAAGUAUAUAUUCCUACAUACUACAUACCAUUAAUACUACCUACCAUUAAUACGUAUUUUGAGUAUCUCUACCUCAAAAAGUGUCAAAUUAAAAUAUCUACAAAAUACCUACGUAGUAAAGAAGUGCAAGUAUUAAACGACCCUCCUUUCCAGCACAUCUGUACUCUUGGGGGUCAAAAAAUGUGUCGAAGCAUUGUUAUCAGCUAUACUUUCUUAGACCUGUACAAAUGUCAAAGCAAUGAUCCAUAACAGACAAGUAGAUGCUUUACUUUUUUCAACAAGUUCGUAUGAGGCUUUGAUUUCUAUAUUUUUCCUUGGAACUCACUACUCAGUCAUUUGCCAUUAAUGCAAACAAGAUCACAUAAAAUGCAGGGCUAGUCUGCAAUGCGAUCGAAAGCAUGCAGCACGGAGUUAAUUGUUAAGUUGAAAGCAUAACGAAUCUAUAAAUCAUUAAGAAAUGUAGUGACCUGAUAAACAAAACGUAAAAGAAAAAAUGAAAAACGUAAAACGAAUGUUGAAAUAUGUAUUUACAUAUAUUUUACGUGAAAAUAAAUAAUUUAUACACACCAUAUACAUAUAUACAUAUAUAUACGUACAUACAAAUAUGCACGCAUUUGCAUAAGAGCAGAGAUGCAAGGAAGCAUAAUAAUAUUUAUACCUUUUGUAAAUGGAACAAAUUAUAUUUACAUACAUAAAUACAAGUAUAUCUACAUAGUAUAUUGCAUUUUAAAAACGUGCGUAGCUCAUACACACAGUAUUCAGAUACACGCACAAUGCUGUUCAACUAAAUAUGUUGAAAGAUUUCUCAUAAAUACGACUAUUUCCUAGCUUAAAGCCUGCUCUUUGAUAUAAACAAUAAUUGGAAAGUUAGGGAAAGAGUAACCUUAUUGAAGAAGAAGAAGCCCUGGAAAACAAACCCAUAGUCAUAAUAUAUGUAUGUGCGAGCACAGAACUAAUCCUCAAAACAAGACGAAUCGAUAUAGCCGUCUAUAUCUGUUUCAAUACAAACUAGUCUGUCGAAUAUAUAUUCUGUAUGGCUUCAUUUCUUCUUUAGUUGUUAAGCUCUCACAACCAAAUUUAAUAUUUGAUGUUUAUGUUUUCGAGUUUAUACACAA